AUGUCUUUGGGUCUUUCACAGAAUAUCGACAAGACCUAUGUGAAAAUAAUGUAUCGCGCGCGAGACAUAGUGAACUGUGUGGAGACGUGCACCUCCGACGACACGCUGAAGCAGCUGCUGCCGCACCUCUACGAGCAGUUGGAGGCUUGCCAGAAGUCGCUCACGGGGUACCUGGAGACCAAGCGGCUUAUCUUCCCCAGGUUUUUCUUCGUAUCAGAUCCAGUGCUACUUGAAAUUCUUGGACAAGCUUCGGAUCCCGUUUCCAUACAGAAUGAGUACCUGGGCAUAACUGAGCGACUUGUGAUUACACCGCUGACAGAUCGGUGUUACAUUACGCUAUCGCAGGCCAUAGGUAUGAGCAUGGGAGGUGCACCCGCCGGGCCCGCUGGCACUGGUAAGACCGAAACCACCAAAGAUAUGGGUCGAACGCUGGGCAAGCUAGUCAUUGUCUUCAACUGCUCCGACCAGAUGGACUUCCGAGGUUUGGGCCGCAUUUAUAAAGGCCUGGCUCAGUCAGGCACAUGGGGCUGCUUCGACGAAUUCAAUCGAAUUGAAUUACCUGUACUGUCCGUGGCUGCGCAGCAGAUAUACAUUUGUCUCACAGCCAGGAGAGAGAAGCGAGACUUCUUCAUUUUCAGUGAUGGUGACACAGUGAGUUUAAAUCCCGAGUUUGCUUUCAUCAUUACCAUGAAUCCGGGCUACGCUGGACGUCAAGAGCUACCGGAAAACUUGAAAAUUCAGUUUCGCUCAGUUGCUAUGAUGGUUCCAGACAGGCAAAUUAUUAUCAGAGUCAAAUUAGCCAGUUGUGGUUUUAAGGAUAACAUUGUCUUAGCUCGUAAGUUCUUUACAUUGUACAAAUUGUGUGAGGAGCAGUUGUCGAAGCAGGUGCACUACGACUUUGGGUUGCGGAACAUUCUGUCCGUGUUGCGAACUAUGGGCGCGCAGAAACGAGCGAAUCCAGAUAGCACAGAGGAGAACAUCAUGAUGAGAGUGUUGAAACAAUGCAUUGACGUACUGUCAGGAUUACUGCUUGUUGAACUACCCGGUUGCAAGGCUCCCACGGAUCGCCAUCUUGAACGCUUGUUCAUAUUCGCGAUGAUGUGGUCACUGGGUGCUGUGCUGGAAUUAGACAUGCGAAUCCGUAUGGCAGAAUUCAUGACUAAGUUGCCUGUGAAAAUGGACUGGCCUGGCGGAAGAUCCAAAGAAUGGAUCAUGCCUUUCGACUACAUGGUUAAUGCUAGUGGUGGUUGGGAGCACUGGUCUGAGAGUGUAGAGAACUAUAUAUACCCACCUGAUAAUAUACCGGAGUACGCUUCAAUCUUGGUACCGAACGUGGAUAAUGUGUGCAUUACGUUUUUGAUUGAUAUCAUUGCCAGUCAGAACAAAGCAGUGCUAUUGAUUGGUGAAGAAGGCACUGCUAAAACGGUCAUGUUAAAGGGUUAUAUGUCUAAAUACGAUAACGAGGUGAAGUUAUUUAAGGUGGUAAACUUCUCGUACGCAACGACACCUAAUAUGUAUCAAAGAAUAAUUGAAUCGUACGUGGAGAAGAGAGUGGGUAUGACAUACGGGCCUCCGGGUGGCCGAUCUAUGACAGUGUUCAUAGACGAUAUAAAUAUGCCUGUAGUUAAUGAGUGGGGUGAUCAGAAAGCUUAUCUAGCGUCUAUUCUUCAAUCACACAUUUCCAGGUGGGAGUUCGUACUGAACAAGCUCGUAGGCUUCCAAGACCUGUUCAACGAACAGAUCAGAGGAGCGCACCUGGACUUGGUGUUCUUCCACGAUGCGAUGGUUCAUCUCUUUAUCAUAUCACGCAUCAUUAACACUCCACGAUCUUACAAUGUGAACAACUUUAUGGACGACAUAAAAGUGUUGUACCGCGUAGCCGGCCUGCAGGGACGCGGCAUCUCCUUCAUAUUUACUGACAAUGACAUCAAAGAUGAGCAGUUCUUAGAGUUCCUUAAUAAUAUCCUGAGCUCGGGAGAAAUUGCGAAUCUUUUUCCUAAGGACGAAAUGGAUGAGAUCUUGAACGAGUUGCAACCGAUAAUGAAGAAGUUGGCUCCUCGAAGGGUCCCGGUUCCAGAUGUGUUGUAUGAGUACUUUAUCAUGCGGUCAAGAGCGAAUUUACAUGUCGUUUUAUGUUUUUCACCGGUUGGUGAAAAGUUCAGAAGUAGAGCUUUGAAAUUCCCUGGCCUGAAAUCAGGGUCUACAAUGGACUGGUUUCAGAAAUGGCCCAAAGAAGCUCUAAUAGAAGUAGCCCACCACUUUCUGUGGGAGUUCGAGGUGCUGGCGGCCGUGGCAGACACUCAGGCGGCUGCCGAGGUUGUAAAGGCCGAGGUGCUGGAGGUGAAGGAUCGCGCCGUCAAGCUUGUCAGCGUCAUCGCAGCUGAGACCGCCAUCGCUGAGGAAAAACUGGCCGAUGCAAAGCCUGCGCUUGACGCUGCAGAAGCCGCACUACUCACCAUCAAUUCUGCUGACAUCGCAACUGUUAGGAAAUUGGGCAAGCCUCCUCAUCUCAUCACGCUCAUUAUGGAUGCUGUAAUUCUUUUGUUUAGAAAGCGUAUCGAUUCUAUAAAACCAGAUCCUGAGAAACAGUUUUUGACACCUUCGUGGAGUGAAUCUUUAAAGUGUGAGUUGGCGCAUGUACAGCGUCAGUUCGACGAGGCGAUGACACUGAAGCAGGCGGUGCUGGAUGACGCCGCUCUAUGCCAACAAAAAAUGGAUGCCGCUUCUGCCCUUAUUAACGGUCUUAGCGGAGAGCGCAUCCGCUGGACUGAGCAAUCUGCACUCUUUAGGUCUGAAAUUGAGCGCUUGGUCGGUGAUAUUCUACUACUUACUGGAUUCUUGUCAUAUUCCGGACCCUUCAAUCAAGAAUUUCGUAAUUUGCUGAUAAGCAAUUGGCUUGGAGAUUUGAUAAAUAGAAAAAUUCCUGUGACCUUGAAUUUAAAUAUAACAAAUGAACUUACGGAUAAUGCUACAAUUGGUGAGUGGAACUUAUGCGGAUUGCCUACCGAUGAACUGUCGAUACAAAACGGUAUUAUUGUGACGAAAGCUGCUCGUUUUCCAUUACUAAUCGACCCGCAAACACAAGGAAAGAACUGGAUUAAAAACAUGGAGAAAUAUAAUCAAUUAAUUGUCACUACUUUAAACCACAAAUAUUUCAGAAACCACGCAGAAGACUGUGUGUCCUUGGGUCUACCUAUGUUGAUAGAAGAUGUUGCAGAAGAGUUAGAUCCAGUUCUGGACAAUAUACUUGAAAGAAAUUAUAUCAAGAUAGGGUCUUCUUAUAAGGUCAAAUUCGGCGACAAAGAAAUAGAUGUAAUGCUAAGCCAUAAGAUAUAUAUUACAACGAAACUACCAAAUCCUGCUUAUACGCCAGAAGUUUCAGCCCGGACGUCUAUUAUCGACUUUACUGUAACUAUACAAGGCCUAGAAGAUCAACUAUUAGGUCGUGUGAUCUUAACAGAGAAGGCGGAAUUAGAAGCGGAACGAACUCAACUGAUAAUGGAUGUGACGGCCAACCGACGCAAGAUGCAGGAACUGGAGAGUAACUUAUUGCAAAAGUUGACUACAAUUGAGGGCUCGCUAGUUGAAGAUGUAUCACUGAUUCAAGUACUGAACGUCACCAAAGCAACUGCCACAGAGGUAAAAGAAAAAUUGGACAUUGCCAAAGAGACAGAGAUGAAAAUAAAUGCCGCUCGCGAGGAGUACCGGCCCGUGGCGACACGUGGCUCCGUGCUGUACUUCCUCAUUUGCAACAUGUCGCUAGUAUGCAACAUGUAUCAGACCUCACUGGCGCAGUUUUUGGAGCUUUUUGACUUAUCCAUAGAGCGUUCGCCACAAAGCCCCAUUAUGUUACGGAGAAUCGGUUUUAUAAUUGACUAUUUGACAUUCGACGUAUUUAAAUUCAUUUCCCGAGGUUUCUACGAGAAACACAAAUAUUUAUUUACUGUACUCUUGACAUUGAAGAUAGACUUGCAGAAAGAACAUAUUAUAUUUGACGAGUUUCAGACUUUUAUUAAAGGUGGCGCAGCGUUAGACCUUAAUACCUGUCCUCCUAAACCAUAUAAAUGGAUAACUGACAUGUCAUGGCUGAAUUUAGUUCAACUUUCUAAUCUGCGUCAGUUUACAGAAAUACUAGCUCAAGUUGGUAACAACGAGAGAGGAUGGAAGGCUUGGUUUGACAAAGAAGCGCCAGAAGACGAGCCUUUACCAGACGGUUACAACACUCUAGACGUGUUCAGAAAGCUGCUGGUAGUGCGCGCGUGGUGUCCUGACAGGACUCUAGCACAAAGUUUGAAGUAUGUCGUAAAUUCCAUGGGUGCUCGGUACUCUGAAGCAGUUAUAGUCAAUUAUGAGAAUAUGGUAUUAGAAUCUCGUCCACUUGUUCCUCUAAUUGGUUUUUUGGCCAUGGGCUCUGAUCCAACACCUUCUAUCGAGACAACUGCUAAGCGCAUGGAGACUAUUUGUGCAUCUAUAUCUAUGGGUCAAGACUUUGGAUUACCACGGAGGUACACCCAAGGUUUCCUAUUACUCUUCUGCAAAUGUCCAUUAAAUAUACAUGUGAGCCACCUUCUGAACCAUUUAGAUUCUCUAGAGCCGGGGCAACCUGUUAGCUGGACUACUGUGCGUUAUAUGGUAUCAGCAGUCCAAUACGGCGGGCGAGUGACUGAUGACUACGAUACACGACUAUUGGUAACCUUCUGUAAAGUGUUGUUCUCAGACCAACUUUUUCAUGAUGACUUUCAAUUCUACAAGGGAUAUGGCAUGCUUAAGUUUAAGAAUAUACCCGAGUACCUGGAGGCUAUUGAGACAAUGAAAACUGUGGAUCCGCCUCAAGCAUACGGCCUGCACACCAACGCAGAUAUCACUUACCAGCGUAACACUACUCUAGAACUUGUAGACACAAUAUUAUCUAUACAACCAAAGGAAGCAAGUGGAGAAGCUGGAGAAACACGCGAAGCCUCGGUAUACAGACAGACUAAAGAAAUGCUGGACAAAGUCCCCCCCAACUUUGAUCCACAUGAAGUAAUGGACAGGAAGGAGUAUUUGUCCACGAUAAUGGAAGGAAAUGAAGAAACUGCAGUACCACCUGAAGGUGCACCUGCUCCAGAAGCGGCACCUAAAGAAGAAGCUCCCGCAGUACCUCCAGAAGUACCUCCAGAAGUACCUCCAGAAGGAGCCCCCAAAGCACCUCCUGAGGCAGAGCGUGAAGAUGAUCAUGGAGAUGAUAUAUCGAUAACUAAAAAGAAGAUUGCGGAGGUCGCUCGAACUCUGUCACAUAAGAUGUCGUCAAUCCGGAGGAUGUCGUUUACAGAUGGAGAACGGAUCGAAGUAGACAAGACUGCCUUAGAAGCUAUACUUGACGUCAGUGCUCGUAUAGCAGGCAUUCAGAAGAGGAGCAGAUUGUCAAUGAGCACGUUGGCUUUAGCUCACGAAUCUUAUAAAGACAAGCAAGCCAAAGCUAAAGAAGCUCGUAAUAAUCGUAUGGGUGGACUCAAGCAACAGCACAGAUAUUUACUAGAAAAUUGUGCGCUUAUAUUGAAUAGACCAAAUGAGUUUGUCUUGGAUUAUUUCUUCGUUGUAUUCGAUGUUAAUCCGGAAACAGAUAAUGUUGUGUCCGCUAUAUACCAUACAAUGACUCGUGUGUAUCUUCCGGCACUCCAGGCCUGCAAGGGUUGGGGGGACAUUAACCCCCCAAACCCCAACAGUGCUACUAUCAUUAAAACUUAUGAGUCCAAGAUCAUGUUGUUUGUUGAUUACCUUGCAAUGUUCAAUGAGAUUGAAAACCCAGAUCGUUACGAUGUAAACCACACGAUCAACGAAUGCAAUGAACUGUUUGCAUAUUUUGCUACAAAAUGUGUUGAAGCAUUAAUUAAAUGCACGCGACAAAGUCUCGACUUGCUAAGACGAAGAGCUUCUGUAUCGAGUUUUCUGACAAUGACUAUUGAUCCCGAAGAACAGAAAAAAUUGAAACCGCUAAUGAUGACCAAUAUGUACUUACAAAUACCAAAGAUAUCGAUAAAACCUACUUUGGAGGAGAUACAGACGUCAUUUUCACAGGUGGUAUUGAAUUGUGUAAUGGAUGUCCAUCGGUACGUAUUUACGUGGGGACAACAAGAACAAAUAAAGAAGGAACGGAUGGCCGGGGUGUCGUUAACAGUUGCACGAAGCACAACAGGAUCUCGGUCGGGGUCCAAUGUAAGCGGAAUCCGAAGUUAUUUCCGAAUGGUAUCAGAGCACAAGGAUAUCGUCAGGGUAAUCAUGUUCCAAUCACGAUUCGACGAACUUUGGAGGAGAUUUGAAAUGUACUCCAGCGGCGAAAAAUUAUUUGGUAUGGAAGUGAAAGACUAUCCGAUAUUACAUCAAAAGAAGAAAGAAUUCAAUCUGUUGAGCAAAUUGUAUAGCUUGUAUUUGGCUGUAAUGAACUCCAUCGAUGGCUAUUUCGAAACACCCUGGGUGGAUAUACAGAUUGAACAGAUUGUCACACAAUUGGCCGAGUUUGAUGUCAGAUAUAACGCUCCAUUUAAGAGAGAUAUAUUGUUAUGGAUAAAUAAACUGGUGAGUACCAGUGAGAUCUUGGAGAAAUGGCUUCAAGUCCAGAAUUUAUGGAUGUAUCUAGAAGCGGUAUUUGUUGGCGGAGAUAUUGCCAAGCAGCUGCCGGCAGAGGCUAAGCGAUUUGGGGGUAUCGAUAAGACUUAUGUGAAAAUAAUGUAUCGCGCGCGAGACAUAGUGAACUGUGUGGAGACGUGCACCUCGGACGACACGCUGAAGCAGCUGCUGCCGCACCUCUACGAGCAGCUGGAGGCUUGCCAGAAGUCGCUCACGGGCUACCUGGAGACCAAGCGGCUUAUCUUCCCCAGGUUCUUCUUCGUAUCAGAUCCAGUGCUGCUUGAAAUUCUUGGACAGGCUUCAGACCCUCAUUCUAUACAACCACAUCUGCCGAGUAUUUUCGACGCAGUAUAUACUGUCGAUUUCGAUGAAAAAGACAGGAUUACCCAUAUGAACUCAAGUAAUGGCGAACGUAUACCGCUCGAAAUGCCGGUGGCGUGCCUUGGAGGAGUGGAGGCAGGUUUAUUGGGAAUGCAAAUAUUAUGGACUAGUGAUGCGGAGUAUGCUUUAAAGAAAGCCAAAGCAGAUCGUUACAUCAUGAGAAUCACCAAUCAAAAGAAUCUCGAUUUAUUGAAUGGUCUUAUUGAUCAAACUGUUAAAGAUCUGAUCCCACUUGACAGAACGCAAAUAGAGACUAUGAUCACUAUCCACGUACAUCAAAGAGACAUAUUUGAUGAUCUAGUCCGAUUGAGAAUAAAGACACCCGGAGAUUUCGAAUGGCAAAAGCAAGCCCGUUUCUAUUACUUUGAGGAUAGCGACGACUGUUUGAUUUCUAUUACAGAUGUCGAUUUUAUAUAUCAGAAUGAAUACCUGGGCAUAACGGAGCGACUUGUAAUCACGCCACUGACAGAUCAGUGCUAUAUUACGCUAUCGCAGGCUAUCGGCAUGAGCCAGGGAGGAGCGCCUGCCGGGCCAGCUGGCACUGGCAAAACAGAGACAACCAAAGACAUGGGCCGCACACUGGGCAAGCUUGUCAUCGUCUUUAACUGCUCCGAUCAGAUGGACUUCCGAGAUGGUCCGGUGGACGCUGUGUGGAUUGAGAAUUUGAAUUCCGUGCUCGAUGACAACAAGACGUUGACUUUAGCCAACGGGGACCGCAUUACUAUGGCACAGAACAGCAAGCUGGUGUUUGAACCAGACAACGUGGACAACGCAUCGCCUGCUACUGUAACCAAUGAAAUAGUUCGACAAAUGAUGGAAUGCGGUGGCUUCUACUCGCUAGACAAACCCGGAGACUUUAUUACUAUUGCUGAUAUUCAAAUGUUUGGUGCUAGUAUACAUCCAGUGACGCGUAUCAUGUGGCAGCAAACCAAGUUGGGAAUUCGUGUUGAACAAGCUCGUGGCUUCCAAGACCUGUUCAACGAACAGAUCAGAGGAGCGCACCUGGACUUGGUGUUCUUUCACGAUGCGAUGGUUCAUCUCUUUAUAUAUCACGCAUCAUUAAUACUCCACGGCAAUGCUUUGCUGGUAGGCGUGGGAGGUUCUGGGAAACAAAGCUUAACGAAGUUGGCCUCGUUCAUAGCCAAUUUUUCGUUCUAUCAAAUAACUUUGACCAGAUCUUACAAUGUGAACAACUUUAUGGACGACAUAAAAGUGUUGUACCGCGUAGCCGGUCUGCAGGGACGCGGCAUCUCCUUCAUAUUUACUGACAACGACAUCAAAGAUGAGCAGUUCUUAGAGUUUCUCAAUAAUAUCUGA